CCGCUGCCGCCUCGGCCGCAGCUCCGGUCCCGGCCGGCCGCCGCGCACAUGGCCCCGGAUCUGCAGUCACUGUUGGUUUAAACCUCCUGGGUGGUGUGAAGAGAAACAGCUUUGUGGCCAAAAGCAGCAGAACACCAAGAGAGCAGAGAGUUUGCUUCCCAGCCCUGAGGGUUGUAAACAAAACUUUGGGAAUCAGUAUAACCAGUGCGGUGGUGUCUUCCAAAAUCUGCAGAUCACCUGAAGCCAGACCUGAGGGGUUUAUCUUUGCUGCAUUCACCUCGUAUUCUGACCUUCCACACAUAAGAGGAUGAUGUUAACUCUGUAAGCAGUUCCAUCCAGCUAAUCGCCUUACCUCAUGCUCCAGCAUCCAUUUCUGAGCAGGUGACAGGACCACGGGCGACACACAGAAGGGCAAGAUUCAUCAGGGAAGUGCUGUGAGAGCUGGACUGCAUCUGUUCCCCUCCAGAAUGCUCAAAGGAGAUAAACUCCAGGAUGCUGAUCAAAGACAUGACUGCAAGCAGGAGCUGGAGAUAGAAAGUGAGGUGGAGACAUCUUAUGGAGAGAGGCAGAGAAUGGUAACUCCCUGUGGGAUGGAAGUCUGGGAGUGCGACAACAGUGGUAGAGCUCACAUGAGCAAGGUUAUCCUUGCUGGUGACAAGCCAGACCCACCCAUUUGUGGGAACGGCACCAUCUGGAUUCAGCAGAUGGGAGAGAAAACCUACGAGUGUCCCGAGUGCGGGAAGAGCUUCAGCCGGAGCUCAUACCUGAGCCAGCACCAGAGGAUCCACUUGGCAGAGAAACCCUUCAGCUGCUCCGAAUGUGGGAAGAGCUUCACCCGCAACUCGGACCUGAUUAAACACCAGCGGAUCCACACUGGUGAGAAGCCCUACCAGUGCAGUGAGUGUGAGAAGACCUUCAGCCAGAGGUCCAAUGUAAUCAGGCACCAGCGGACCCACACAGGAGAGAGACACUACCAGUGCAAUGAAUGUGGGAAGAGCUUCAGCCAGAACUCACACCUCAUUGUCCACCAGCGGAGCCACAAGGGUGAGAAACCCUUUAAUUGCCCACGGUGCGAGAAAAGCUUCAGCGAUCGCUCCUCCCUGAUCAUACACCGGAGAGUCCACACUGGAGAGAAGCCCCACAAGUGCCAGGAAUGCGGGAAGCAUUUCCGGGACAGCUCGGCCAUCAUUCGGCAUCAGAGGAUCCACACGGGAGAAAAACCAUAUGAGUGCACCGAGUGUGGAAAAGCCUUCCGGCAGAGCUCCUCGCUGGUGACCCACAUGCGAACACACACAGGUGAGAAGCCCUACAAGUGCCCCGUGUGUGGGAAGGGCUUUAGCCAGAGCUCAGCGCUCACCACUCAUCGCCGGAUCCACGGUGGGGCAGCCUUGCCCAUAUACCAUGGUAGGCUGCUGCCCAACCCCUACCAGUGCACUGAGUGCGGCCGGAGGUGCAGCGACCACUCCACCCUGACCAAGCACCAGAGCACGCAUGCCGAGGAGCGGCCCUACAUCUGUGUGGAGUGCGGGGACAGCUUCCGAUGGAGCUCGGCUCUCAACGUGCACCUGAGGAUCCACCGUGGGGAGAGACCAUACAAGUGUGAGGAGUGCGGAAAAGCGUUCAGGCACAGCUCAGCCCUCGGUGCCCACCUGAGGAUCCAUGCAGGAGCCAAGCCCUACGAGUGUGGUGAGUGUGGGAAAAGCUUCCGGAAAAGCUCAACACUUAAAGUGCAUUUGACGAUCCACACAGCCAAGAAACCUUAUAAAUGUAUGCUGGGUAGGAGAAUGCUCACUUCCAGCUCACUUCUGCCAUAGGGCUGCAGUGCAUGUUCAGAGCGGGAAACAAAAGCACCUGGAAAAGGUGGGUGAUGAGACCCACGUUGGGAAGAGACUGACUGGAGGCAUGGUGACUGGCGUCAGGCCUGGCUGCUUACCCCAGCGGCACAAAACCCAUUAGGAGGUUUGGAAGCAGGGAGUCAGUCGUAAGAGUCAAGUGCUGGUUUAGGAAGAGUGCAGAGAGCCUAAGGAAUGGGCACCAGCUUCUGGGUAAAUUGGGACCAGUGAAUAUAUGGUAGAAUAACAACUGGGAGAAUCAGGCUUGUAAAAUAACUUUACAAUUAAGGUGAAGAUCAAAAUACAAAGUCCCAGGCUAGUUUUGACUCAAAACUUUAGCUUGUUAGGCACUGUGGUAGUCUUAGGAACUCUUUUUAUUACCUUCCCUUACUUUUCAUGAAUGUAGUAAGUUAACCCAGUGUUUGACAAGGCAUUUCCAAAUCUUUUGAGUCUGAGACUUUGGAGCUGAACUUCAGUCUGUUUGUCUUUUCUAAUUCUUUUUCCAAAUCUUAGACAGGACAGUGAAUUCCUACCUCUGCACGCAAAGCCUGAGUGACACAAUAGCUGAGCAACACAAAACUGUCAUGGCUUUCCCCACGAAACAGGGAUGUGCAAGCACUUCCAGUUGGAAUGCUGCCCUUCACUAGUCUGUGGCAGCUUCUCCUAAAUUUGCCCUUGGUGGUCUGGAGCACCUUCCAGCUUGCAGUAUCGAUGAAACAUGGGCAAAAGUGUGGCCUUACCUUAUUUAACCAAAAGAAAUAGCCUCCCCUCCGAUACCUUAGUGUGAACUGGUGCACAAUGAGUUCUUACUGGUAGUCCAGAGACUGUUGGCAGUUUUGUAGUCUUUUGUAUGAUACUCUUCAGCUCAAUAUCAUUGGUAAAGUAUUAGCAUAUAAAGCUCAUCAUUAUGAGUUAGGAAUUACUGUAUUUGCAUUUUUUUGCUAUGUUAAUGGCUGUAUAUUACAUAAACUUCCCCUGUAUCAGUAUGUUUUAUUACUAGCUACAUGUUUCUACCCUAAAUAAAACCUUUCUUUCCCUCUG